CUGGCCGGAGUGCAGCCUUGCGGUUCAGGGCUCGGAUUGGGUGAGCAGAAGCCCAGGCCCCGCCCCAAGUGCCUGCCCCAGGCUCCGCCCCGACGGUCCCUCCGGGUCUGUAACGGCCCUCGCGCACCUCACACAGCUGGAGCGCUUUGCUCGCGGCACUGUCUAUAAAGUUGUUGUUGCUGCUUCCGCCACGGGUGGAGGAAGAUGGCGUCGGGAGGUGGUGGCUGUAGCGCUUCGGAGCGACUCCCUCCGCCCUUCCCUGGAAUGGAUCCGGAGUCCGAAGGGGCUGCCGGGGGGUCAGAACCCGAGGCUGGGGACAGCGACACCGAGGGGGAGGAUAUUUUCACUGGCGCCGCGGCAGCUAGUAAGCCCCAGUCUCCAAAGAAAACCACAUCCCUUUUUCCUAUCAAAAAUGGUUCCAAAGAAAAUGGGAUCCAUGAAGAACAAGACCAAGAGCCACAGGACCUCUUUGCAGAUGCCACAGUGGAACUAUCCCUGGACAGCACACAGAAUAACCAGAAGACAAUGCCAGGCAAAACACUUAUUCCUCAUCCUACGCAAGAAGCCACAAAUUCUCCUAAGCCACAGCCAAGCUAUGAAGAGCUGGAGGAAGAAGAACAGGAGGAUCAGUUUGAUUUGACAGUUGGUAUCACUGAUCCUGAGAAGAUCGGGGACGGUAUGAAUGCCUAUGUAGCCUACAAAGUCACCACACAGACAAGCUUACCGAUGUUCAGAAGUAGGCAGUUUGCAGUGAAAAGAAGAUUCAGUGACUUUCUGGGUCUUUAUGAGAAGCUCUCAGAGAAGCACUCCCAGAAUGGUUUCAUUGUCCCUCCUCCACCUGAGAAGAGCCUAAUAGGAAUGACAAAGGUGAAGGUUGGGAAGGAAGAUUCUUCUUCUGCAGAGUUUCUUGAGAAACGGAGGGCUGCUUUGGAAAGGUACCUUCAAAGAAUUGUGAAUCAUCCUACCAUGUUACAGGACCCAGAUGUCAGGGAGUUUUUAGAAAAAGAAGAGCUGCCUCGAGCUGUAGGUACGCAGGCUCUAAGUGGUGCUGGUCUCCUUAAGAUGUUCAACAAAGCUACAGAUGCAGUCAGCAAAAUGACCAUCAAGAUGAAUGAAUCAGACAUUUGGUUCGAGGAGAAGCUCCAGGAGGUGGAGUGUGAGGAACAGCGCCUACGGAAGCUGCACGCUGUGGUGGAGACUCUAGUCAACCAUAGGAAAGAACUAGCACUGAAUACAGCCCUGUUUGCCAAGAGUCUAGCCAUGCUUGGCAGCUCCGAGGACAACACAGCACUGUCUCGAGCACUCUCCCAACUGGCUGAGGUGGAAGAAAAGAUUGAGCAGCUCCACCAGGAACAGGCCAACAAUGACUUCUUCCUCCUGGCUGAACUCCUGAGUGACUAUAUCCGCCUCCUGGCCAUUGUCCGAGCCGCCUUCGACCAGCGCAUGAAGACAUGGCAGCGCUGGCAGGAUGCUCAAGCCACGCUGCAGAAGAAGCGGGAGUCUGAGGCUCGGCUGCUGUGGGCCAACAAGCCUGACAAACUGCAGCAGGCUAAGGAUGAGAUUACAGAGUGGGAAUCUCGGGUGACUCAGUAUGAAAGGGACUUUGAAAGGAUUUCAACAGUUGUCCGAAAGGAGGUGACACGAUUUGAGAAAGAGAAAUCCAAGGACUUCAAAAACCACGUGAUCAAGUACCUGGAGACACUCCUGCAUUCCCAGCAGCAGGUAUCACUUUUUGCUUUCGCUGGAAAGCAGUUGGGAAGGUCUAGAGUACUCCUAACCAAGAAGUUGCCGUCUGUAGUAGUUUCCCUCCAUGGGCACUGAGUGCCUGCUGUGUCGUCCUGUGGAACUGGAGUUUCUCCUCUACCUGCCUCAGCUCAGAGCAUCUUAGUCUGUUUGAGUCUUGUUCCUACUUCUACAGGAAGGAGCUUCAAGACAGACUCAAGACUCUAAAGCUUGUUCUGUAAAGGAGGCUGACUUGACCUCCCACUUCUGCUUCUCUAAGCCUGAGGAGCUCUCUGCCCUAUCAUAUGUUCCGAUCCUCUUUUUCUUUCUACCAAAACAGGUCCUCAGGCUGGAGGGAGGGUGUGUCCACUGACACCUGGGCAUGUGCUUGCUUAGCAUGUGAAGGAUGUGGGUCCUUAACACCACACAGAGGGAAGGCACCUCAUCUUCAGAGCUGUUCCUGUCCCUAUGGAAGGCGUGAUGAGGACUGGCUGCUUACAGGGCACUUACUGCUCCAGGCAGGGUAGUCACAGAGCGCCUAAGCCUUUCAAAACUCAAAGUAGCUUUACUCACGUGUCUGAAAGACAGCGUGUCCCCAGAGCCCCAAGUGCAUGAGCACAAGCCAGAGUCUAGCCAGGGAAGGUUGGAGUCUCAGACCAGCCAUUGCUGGGCCUUUCCUCAGCAAUACCUACAGCUGCCCCCCCCCCCCCAAUCUCCAGAGAUGCCCCCACACAGAAGCUCCUGGACUUGCUGCUUCACGGUGGGUGGCCGCUGCUUGGGAACAGCACUGAGCCCGGUCCUCUCACUGGGACGGGAGGAGGCGCUGCAGCUGCUAUGUCAACAGGUCAGUGACAGAGUCAGUGACAGAAAAGGUUGUGGGCCUCCAGCUGCCUCCCCAGGCCAUGGCCGCCUUUGGUUUUCUCAUACUAACUUUUACAUAGUUAAAAUUAUACAACGGGUUCUGUGUCCUGCUUUUAUCAUUUAACAUUAUGUCACAAGCAUUUUGCCUCCAUGUAGUAGUGUAGUAAAGAACACAUUUAAUUCUAGUACUCUAUGAGUUCAAAACCAACCUAUUCUACAUAGUAAGAUCCUGCCUCAAACCAAAACAAAUAGACAAGUUUCUAUGGAGUACCAUAACUCAGAUUCGUCACUCACUGCUGGACCCUUCAUUAAGGAUGGGUCAGGCAACUGUUUUAUUAUAAUUUCACAAAGAACUUGUAUUCUUUAUGAAGAUUUUGAGUGUUGAGAUUUUACCCCGCUUGCUGGUUGGUUGGUUUGCUUUUGAGUUAGAAUCUUGGGUAGCCCACACUGGUUUUGAAUUUGCUGUCACCAAGCCUGGCCUUGAACUCCUCAUCCUCCUGCUGAAGCCUCCCAAGUGCUGGGAUGCAUGUGUGCACCGACACCUAACACACUUCAUCUGGGGCACUUACAUGUGUGCACCAACACCUAACACACUUCAUCUGGGGCACUUACAUGUGUGCACCAACACCUAACACACUUCAUCUGGGGCAUUUACAUGUAUUUUCUGAAUCAUUUGAGAGUAAGUUGCAGACAUUACCACUUACCCCAAAAUUUCAGUAUGAAGUUCCAUAAUAGCCCAUCAUAAUUUAAAUAAAAGUUGUUAAAACCAAGGAGUUGGGGGCUGGGGAAAUGACUCAGUGGUUAAGAACACACACUGCUCCAGCAGAUGACUCAAGUUCAAUUCCAAGCAUCCAUGUUGGACAGCACAUAAUUGUCAGCAAUGCCAGCUCCAGGGAUCCAACUCUUCUGUGACCUUCAGGAACCUGCACACACACGCGCGUGCGCGCGCGCGCGCGCGCACACACACACACACACACACACACAGUUUUCUAAAAGGCUUAACAAUAUAAUAGUCAUUUAACACAUAGCUUAUACUUAAGUCUGUCCAUUGUCUUAGGUUCCCUCGAUAUGGAAAGACGUUCCAUAUACGGUCAGUGACUCUCAAGAACCCUGACUAACAGUGUCCUUGUAGCAAUUCUUUUUCCUGAUACAGGAUUGUAUCAGUACAGGAAGACUGACACGACUGUAUGCUGGGUGAAGAACAUGAAUCUGUUAAUACAGAGAAUCCCUCCACCUGCCUUUGUCUUUCAUUACCAUGGCAUUUCUGAGGAAUGAAGGCCCUCUUCUGGCCUCUGUGGACACACAUACAUGUAAAAAUAAAUAAAUAAAAAACUUAUAAGUGAAGCAGCCAGGCCUGGUAAGAACAAGCCUUUAAUCCCAGCACACAGGUAAUAGAAGCCAGAGGAUCCCGUUGGCUCCAGUCUACCCUGGUCACUGCAUGGAGUCUAGGUCAGCCGGGGCUGCACAGUGAGACCCAGCCUCCAACAGAAAUGCUGGGGGGGUGGGGCCAUCACAUGUUCACUGUGGAAACACUAAGAACACUUUGAGAAGGGGGGCUAUUCCAUGCUGCUCUCAGGGAGGGCCUUUUGAGCCUUUUAGGAGUCUAAUACUCUACCAAAUGAACUAGCUGGGCACAUUUGAGACAUUCAGAUAAAAGCUAUGGAGAGAAGUCUGCAUUUACCCUGGCAUGACCCUUGGGUUAUCUGUCCCUGCCCACCCUCCCAUCCCCACACACACAUUAAAUCUCCUGAUGUCAUCUGAAGAUUAGAGCCUUGUUUUUAGUAGAAGUGUUCAGUGACAAAGUAAGUCAGUAGCUAAGAUAGACUCACAUUUUAUGUCACAUUUAUGUCACACAUAAAUCCCAGCAACUUAGGGUUCUGGGGAGUUUUGGGGUUUUUGUGUUUUGUUUUUUUUUAUUUUGUUUUUUUUUUGUUUUUUUUUUUUGUUUUUUUUUUGGGGGGGGUUGUUUUUUUGAGACAGGGUUUCUCUUUGUAGCCCUAAUGUCCUGGAACUCACUUUGUAGACCAGGCUGACCUCAAACUCACAGAGAUCCUCCUGCCUCUCCCUCCUAGUUGCUGAAAUUACAGGUGUAUGCUACCAUGCCUGGCAACUUGAAGCCUAAAUAAAUACAUAAAUAAACGCCUUUAGAAGGAUGUGCUGCUGGAGAGGUGCUCAGGGUGGAGUCGAGACCUGGCUGGGCAGAGCAAGCUCUGGGUCCACAGGAGGUUUGUACAAGAUGCUGAGAUCUUCCCCACCAGCAUUUGGAAGGGACGAGGAAGGACAAUAAUGAGUCCCUAGAGCAGAGGACAGACCCUCUCUGCAGUUGGCAUUCAUGUGAACCUCAUACUUGGUCUCUGGAGAGACUGGUGGAGCCUCUCGGUGUUUGGGCAGGUCAGGCCAGGGCUGAGUGUUAGAUUUAGAUGGGAACAAGCUAGCCCGUCCUCUGAACCUUGGGACAUGUCACCUGCCAAUGCUCUGCCCUGUCAGUUGUGUGGCUUUAGGUUGGCACUGUCUAUGAAACCAUAAACUCCAAGGUCCCUGGCAAUAGCUCAGGCUCAAAACAGGUGCCAAACUUGCAGGCCGUGUCACAGUUAGGACUGUGAGGACCCUAGCUCACCCUGCCCUGUUUAUCUCCCAGGCCUUCACAAGGGCAGUAACGCCUCUUGGAAGGUAAUUCCAACUCUGCCCUUCCCAUCCUCAUUUUUGUUAGCUUUGGGCUUUAUGCCUGUAACAUCUCAGCCCCCAUUUCUUUAGUAUGUAUGUAUGUAUGUAUGUAUGUAUGUAUGUAUGUAUGUAUUCCUCAGUGUACACAUACCAUGACCCAUGGAGGUCAGGAGACAGAGUUGGGUCCCCUGGAAAUGGAACUACAGGUGGUUGUAAGGUGCCAUGACCCAGGUCCUCUGAAAGCAGUCAGUGCUUUCAACUGCUCAGGCCUCUGCAGCCCUCCUUGUCCAUCUUCGUCUUCAGUCUGUAACACACCUUCCUGAGACAGUUAUUCCCAACACUCUGGAUGGAUGUGGACAGGCGUGGACAGGUGUGGGAAAGUUGUUCACCGAAGAUCCCUAUGAACACUCCUGGAAACCAGGUACUAAAGACAAGUACUCAAAGAUGUCCUCAUGGCUCUGUGGACAGCUGAAAAAAACGGAAGCAACCUACCUGUCCAUUGGGAAGGGAUGAUGAGGUAUGGUACGGUGACCCAAUUAGAGAUCACAGAGACAUUAACAGUGGUGGCAAGCAGUAUUCAUCCACAAGGAAAAUAUUUCCUGAGUGAAAAAAACAGGCCAUGGACAACAUGAUCCACAUUUAGUAAAACUAACUGGGAGGGGCACUGACUGAAUUGUUAAGUGCAGUUAUCUCUAGAUAUGGAAAUUUCCAUUACUUUUGCUUUAAAAAAAAAAAAACAGACUUGUUAUGUAUGUGAGUCCACUGUCACUGUCUUCAGACACACCAGAAGAGGGCAUCAGAUCCCAUUACAGAUGGUUGUGAGUCACCAUGUGGUUGCUGGGAUUUGAACUCAGGACCUCUGGAAGAGCAGUCAGUGCUCUUAACCACUGAGCCGUCUCUCCAGCCCUGGGAUACAAAUCUUUCUGCAAGCUUUGCCCCUCUAACCCUGGCUUGCUACGGAAAUUGUCCUGUUGCUGUGAAGACCAGAGCUGGACAGAAAGCCCCACCCACCUACGGCAGCUCAACAGCAGCUCAGAGGCAGCAAGCAGCGUUAUCUUCCAACUGAAAAAAAAAAAAACCCACAGAAAAACCCUGUUCAGUCUGAGACAGGACCUUUCCCUAAAGAGAAUUGACAACUGUUUCCAAAUGAGUUUCCCCCUGAGCUUCAAAGCCCUCAGCUUCCCCUUGCAUUAUGAGUAGCUGCAGUCAAGACCACAGGGGCCCAGCCAGCCUGUCUCUCUACUGGGGAACAUCACCAGAAAAACACGAUGAAGCACAUGGCAGCCAGGACCAUGUGCAAGGCAGGGAACAGAGUGUCCCCGACAGCCACUGCCACUGUGGAGUCUAAUUAACCUCAAUAAGAGCUGUCAUGAACACUGAUAUGCCAGGCACUGAGCUCCAGCUGUAGGACUUCACUGUGCCAGGGGGCAUCAUCCACCGUAAGAGAUAUAUAUAUCAAGUAGUCUGCUCCAUUACACCACACGAGGAAGACAGAGAUUGCCAAGAGGACUCCACACAAGAGAAACCAGCUUAGACUAUUAAGCUAUUUUAUCUGCUUGCCUUUGAAGUGGUUUCAUAGAACUCAGGCUGGCCCCUGAUGUACUAUAUAGCAAAGGCUGGCCUUGAGCUCCUGAUCCUCUGGCCUCAGCUUCCCAGGUACCACAAGUCGCUUUGCCUUGCCAAUUUUUUUUAAGGCCUGAAUUAAGUCCACUUAACAAGAAAAUUAUAAACAAGUCUCAUUUUGUUUCCAACUUGUCCUUAUAUUUGAGCAUCUGAGGCAGUCUCCCUAAAAGUCUUGCAAUGAUGUCUUGUCCAGCUGGUUUUAGAAGAAGCCACUAGACAACUUUUUCGUUCAGUUUUGUGAGACAGGGUUUUUCUUUGUAGUUCUGGUUGUACUGGAACUUGCUCUGUAGACCGGGCUGGCCUCAAACUCACAGAGAUCUGCCUGCCUCUGCCUCCCAAGUGCUGGGAUUAAAGGUACCACCACCACCACAUUUGGAUUAAAAACUACUCUGGUUGAAUCUUGUUUGUGUCCCAACCACAGGGGAGGCUGAGGGAGGAGAAUCAUUUGAUCCUAAGACAUGGGUGGGGCCGAGGCUAUAGCUUAGGGGUAGAACAUGUCACAGCUACCUAAAGUCCUUGGCUUGAUCCCAUACAGUGCAAAGCAACUCCACUGUUUGAGAAGCCACAGACAACACUCUGUGGAAUGCUACGGUGUAAGGUAGGAUCACCUCCAUUCCAGACCUGCAGAUCUACAGCAGCCACAGCCCCUCCUGGAUUCUGCCUGUUGAACUCAGUUCUUGUUUAAAGCUGUCUUCAUAAACCACCCCAAUUACAUGGCUAUUUCUUUGCUCUGUAGCCCCUAUGGUGAGUGCCGAGGGGAAGAGCUGGCUGGACGGUCUAUACGGUAAAAAGUGCUGCAAGCGUCCCUGAUCCUAUCCCAAGCACCUGAGAAGCUCCUCACAACCUGGGCAGGAGUGAGUGGCCCUUAGGAGUGACACUGUUGGCUUUGCUCACACAGGACAUGCUCACUGAAAGUGCCUUCUCACCCCUACCCUCUCUGAAACCCACACUCUUUCUUCCUCAAGGCCUGUCCUCACUUUAUAAAAAUGGAGUUUAGACUACCUCUGAAGUUUAAAAUGUCUUAGCAAAACCUUUUUAAAAGGUUACUCUAAAAUCCAAAAUUCACACAUAAAAAUUAUCUAUUUAUUUGUUUGUUUAUAUAUUUUUUGACAGUGUUUCUCUGUGCAACCUUGGCUGUCCUGAACUCAUUCUGAGAACAGGCUGGCCUUGAACUCACAGAAAUUGCCUAUCUCUGACUCCUGAGUGCAAUUAAAGGUAUGUACACUGGGGCUGGGGAUUUAGCUCAGUGGUAGAGCGCUUACCUAAGAAGCGCAAGGCCCUGGGUUCGGUCCCCAGCUCUGAAAAAAGAACCAAAAAAAAAAAAAAAAGGGUAUGUACACUGGUGUGUGUGUGUGUGUGUGUGCGCGUGCGCACUCUCUCUCCCUCUCUCUCAUACACACACACACACACACACAGAGCAAAGUAAUUUUUAAAAAUCAAAAGCUUGGGAUGUAUGUAGCUCAAUAUAAAAGUUGCUUUUAUUUGCUUGAUGUAAUUGUUGUCUCCAGAGGUUGACUGUCUCCGUCUGCCAACCGAGGCCUAGUCUGGUUAAGGAUGUUUCUAGCUCUGUACAGUCUAGUCUAGGCUUAGAAUGUUUUCAGUCUCUGAGACUUAGAGCUGAAUAAGCUCAUCCUUUUAAGCUCUUUCUGAGCUCUGGCUGGCUGGCCAACUCAGCUGUUCUAGCUCAAAUUCCUCUCCACACUGACUGAUUCAAACUGGCUUCUUUCAGCUUCUGACUGAAUUGCAUUGUUUGGCCUCAAACUAAAACUAACUUUGGCAAUCUGUUCUAAUCUUGUUCCUUCUUGUUUUCUGGCUCCUGCUCGCUCUCUCUCUCUCUCUCUCUCUCUCUCUCUCUCUCUCUCUCUCUCUCUCUCCUUGCUGUUUUCUCUUAAGUGGCUCUUUUUUCUCUCUGUUCUCAUGAGAAUUGGAUAUAUCCUAUUCUGUCAGAUCUUUCUCUUAUUCAUCACUCUGUCUGCCUCUCAAUUAGACAUCACUUUCACACAUGGGUGCUUCCUUCUACAAAAUAACAUUACCUUCAUUGUUUGGGAUUAUUAAGGAUUCAUCUGUAUUCCAGCCAGAGAAGCCAUGUUGCUGGAUUAAAAUCCCUUUACAGAUCAUUUGCUAGAGUGCUUGCUGAGCAUAGACAAAGUCUUAGGUUUGAUCCCAAGCAUUGCCUAUACCCAGACAAGAUGGCGUACAACCAUAAUGCCAGCAUUUCCUAGGAAGUGAAGAUAGGAGGAUUGAAAGUUCAAGGUCAGCUACACAGCCAGUUGGAGACCAGACAGGAGAGUCUGUUUUAUUUUUGCUGUUGUUGUUGUUGUUGUUGUUGUUGUUGUUGUUGUUUUGGGGUUUUUUGUUUUUAAAUUAAGUAGUUCAAGUAAAAAUUAUAAAGUAUCUUUUAGCCAGACAUGGUGGCACACGCCUUUAAUCAUAGCACACGGGAAGCAGAGCAGGUGGAAGCUAGCCUGAUCUACAGAGUGAGUUCCAGGACAGACAGUGCUACACAGAAAGACACUGUCUCAAAAAUAAAAAGAUUUAUAUUUAUAAAUGUAUACCCAUACAGAUCUAUAUCUAUAUAUCGAUAUAUAUUAAAGUCAAUCAGUAAGAACCAUGCCUAUGUGAUGGAUAUGAUAACCUCUGUCUCCACACUUCUGUGCACUAUGGAGUAAAUGUGGAAAUCCUUAUCAUAACAUUUAACACUUGAAAUAGUUGUACCUCAGCGCAUUAAAAGAAAUAAAAUAUAUUAGGAAGAACCAUAUGCAGUGGCCAGUCUCCCACUGGUUUAUGAAGUAUAAAAAUAGUAAUUUGGUAUAAAUAAAAAAAAUUACUAUGUAUUCACUGUGUGCCUGGCCCAUGCUAAACACUUGAGAAGCAUGAUGUGGUUUAACCCACGUACAGAUCUCCUACAGAUAAGGAUUUGGGUUGGGGAUCCUCAACGAUUGUAAUUCUCAAAGAUUACACAGACAAGCAAAAUUGGGAUCUGCGGUAGCAGGCUAGACCCACACUUGCUCGGGUAAUCAUGAAGCCAGCGUGCCUGCCGGCCCCAGAGAAGAAUCCGGUCUCUGUGCCCAGCUGCAACCAGGAGCUGUUUGUUUUCUUAACGGGGGUUAUCCAAACCUCCUGAGCGCCUCUCAGCUGCAGAAGCCCUGCCGGUGAAAAGGAGCUUUGUGUGAGGAUGGUGAAGGGCAAGGUUCCCGGCCAAGGCCGGAGAGGAGCGAGCCAGCUCAAGCAUCAGCAUGGGGCGCUCCCUGAAGCAACCAGCGCCACGGCAGGAGCCCCGUUAAGUCGGGGAGAUAUCAUCACCCCCAGUCUCUCCUGACCAUUGCUUAGUCCACGAUCCUACCUAUAAGCGGCGAGCGUGGACUCCAUGUCUGCAUCAAGUAACCAGUGUCCAGUGGUCCCAGGAAGCUGGUGUGAGAAUCCAGAAACAGCCUGCCAUUUGGGUCCCAACCAACAGUUUUGAGGAUCAGAACAUGAUCUGGAGCUUACUGUAAAUGCUAGCGCCAGGCUCUUUCUUCCAAGCGCUAAGCAGUCAGAAAUUUGGAAGUGAAGUCCUUGCUCUCUAGUCUAUUAAUGGAGUAUAAGAUCCUAAUGUAACCACGAAGAAGAGAGCCGGUGAGAUGGCUCUGCAGUGAAGGCUCGUGCCACUAAGCCUGAUGACCUGAGUUUGAUUUCCAGGGACCCCCUUGGUGGAAGGAGGGCACUCACUGACUUCACACUUGAGAGUGCAUGUGCAUAUGAAAAAAAAAAAAGUCACAAAAGCUUCCAGAAGUAGCCCAGCACUUUAAAGCAACUGUCACUCCACACUACGCUGGAUAGUGAUGGACAAAAGGCCCGAUAUGCCCUUACAGCAGCCCUUUCUAGCCUACCCCUGGUGGAGUGCAGAUUUGUGCCACCACACCCACCACAAGCCUCUUGCUGUUUGACUACACACUUGCUCUGUGGAGCCCUAGGGACCUAGGAGCAGAAAGGUUACUCCACAUUUUUAACACCUCAGCUGCACAAACUCUCAUUCUAUAACUAGUGAGGAAAACACUGGUUUGGAAAAAUACCUGGUAAAUUGGUUCAGUGGGUAAAUAAAGGCACUUGCUGCCAAGCCUGGGGAUCUGGGUUCAAUUCCUGGGUCCUAUAUUCCUAUAUCCCCUGUAUACCUGUGAGCACCAGCAUGGGAUGGCCCCUUUCCCCCACAGCAAACCAAUAAAACGCUUUUUAAAAAGAAAAAGAAUACUUGAA